GUCAGCAGGCGGGAGGUGGCGGGGCCGGGCCGGGCCGGGGCGAUGCUCCGCGUCUUCAUCCUCCACGCGGAAAAUGUCCGCACCCCCGACACCGACAUCAGCGACGCGUACUGCUCCGCCAGCUUCGGAGGUGUGAAGAAGAGAACAAAAGUCAUCAAGAACAACGUGAACCCCGUGUGGAAUGAGGGCUUCGAGUGGGACCUGAAGGGAGCUCCCCUGGAGCCAGGGGCUGAGCUGACAGUCGUGGUCAAAGACCAUGAGACCGUGGGGAGAAACAGGUUUUUGGGAGAAGCCCACGUGCCCCUACGAGAUGUCCUCUCCUCCCCCAGCCUGGCAGCCUCCUACAAUGUCCCCUUGCUGGACACCAAGAAGCAGAGCACGGGGGCUUUCCUCGUCCUACAAGUGUCCUACAUCCCUCCACCAGGAGCUGUCCCCUUGUUCCCCCCUCCUGCACCCCCAGAACCAGCACCUUCUGAGCCCGAUGUGGUCACAGGUAACCAGGACCCUUCAUGUGUAAGGGGGGGACAUGUGCCACCCCUGCCAUCACCCUGUGGUCCCACAAGUCCCACCUUGUCCCCAUCCCCUUUCUCCUUCCUUGCCCCAGAGGUGGCCGGAGAGGAGGAGACAGAGGAUCAGCUGGCGACGGGGGAUGAGAUGGAGCCUUCCUCCUCCUCCUUGGGGCCCCCUGGGCCUGAGCCCCCCGUGCUGCCCCACAAGCCCCCCAUGCACCACCUGCACGGCUUGAAACGCAGGAGGAGCUCCAAAAAACCUCUGUCCAACAAGCCCCAGGAUUUCCAGAUCAGGGUGAGGAUCAUCGAGGGCCGGCAGCUCCCUGGGGUCAACCUCAGCCCCGUGGUGAAGGUGGCAGCUGCUGGGCAGACCAAGAGGACCAGGAUCCGCAAGGGCAACAACCCCUCCUUUGAUGAGACUUUCUUCUUCAACAUCUUCGAGUCUCCAGCAGAGCUGUUUGAUGCCCCCAUCUUCAUCUCGGUUGUGGAUUCCCGAUCCUUCCGGGCGGAUUCGGUGAUCGGGGAGUUCCGGAUGGACGUCGAGACCGUGUACUCGGAACCAAGACACUGUUUCCUCAGGAAGUGGCUGCUGCUCUCUGACCCUGAGGACUUCUCAGCAGGAGCCAAGGGCUACCUGAAAGUCAGCAUCUUCGUGCUGGGGCCUGGGGACGAAGCCCCUCUGGAGAAGAAGGAGGUGUCUGAAGACAAGGAAGACAUCGAGGGCAACCUCCUGCGCCCCACCGGGGUCACCCUGCGAGGGGCUCACUUCUGCCUGAAGAUCUUCAAAGCUGAGGACUUACCCCAGAUGGACGAUGCUGUCAUGGACAACGUCAGGCAGAUCUUUGGCUUUGAGAGCAACAAGAAGAACCUGGUUGAUCCCUUUGUGGAAGUCAGCUUUGCAGGCAAGACGCUCUACUCCAGGAUCCUGGAGAAGAAUGCCAACCCCCAGUGGAACCAGUGCCUGACACUGCCAGCACUGUUCCCUUCCAUGUGUGAGAAGAUGAGGAUCCGGGUGACCGACUGGGACCGUGUGACACACAACGACAUCAUCAGCACUGCCUUCCUCUGCAUGUCCAAAAUCUCAGCCCCUGGAGGGGAGCUGGAGGAUGAGGUUCCUGCUCUCUCGAAGCCUCUGAAGGCCACAGACCUGGAUGAUGGGCUGGGGUUCCUGCCCACCUUUGGUCCCUGCUACAUCAACCUCUACGGCAGCCCCCGGGAGUUCACCGGCUUCCCCGACCCCUACGAGACGCUCAACCUGGGAAAGGGCGAGGGAGUGGCAUAUCGGGGCAGGGUGCUGGUGGAGCUGGAGACCAAACUGGUGGAGCACGUGGAGCAGAAGGUGGAGGACAUUUCAGCUGAUGACAUCCUUCGGGUGGAGAAGUACCUUCGCCGACGGAAGUUCUCCCUCUUUGCUGCCUUCUACUCGGCCACGAUGCUGCAGGACGUGGACGCUGCCAUCCAGUUCGAGGUCAGCAUCGGCAACUACGGCAACAAGUUCGACACCACCUGCCUGCCCCUGGCCUCCACCACCCAGUACAGCCGGGCUGUCUUUGAUGGCUGUCAGUAUUAUUACCUGCCCUGGGGCAAUGUCAAGCCCGUGGUGGUGCUGUCAUCCUACUGGGAGGACAUCAGCUACAGGACUGAUGCUCAGAACCUUCUCCAGCACGCAGCAGACAGGCUGGAAGCAAACCUGGAGAAGAUUUACGUGGCCCUGAAGGCCAAGCACCCCCCGAGUGAGCUGGAUGCCCUGGCUGCCCAGCUGCUGGAUGGGGUCAUCUCAGACUGCAGCCUGACCCUGCCUGAUGUCCUGAGCAAGCCGUCCAGCACCCACCUGGACCAGAACCUCUACAGGUUCCGCUGCAGCAACCUGGAGCAGAUGGUGAAGGCAGCUCUGAGGCUGAAGCACGAGGAGUUGAGGCUCUCAGCAGCCCUGGAGCAGGCAGAGGAUUGGCUCUGCAGGCUGAGGAGCAUGGCAGAGGAGCCCCAGAACAGCCUCCCCGACGUUGUCAUCUGGAUGCUGCAGGGGGACAAGCGUGUCGCCUACGCCCGCGUCCCGGCACACGAGGUUCUCUACUCCAGGAACAUCAACGACUGCUGUGGCAAGAACUGUGGGAAGCUGCAGACCAUCUUCCUGAAGUACCCCCAGGAGGAGGCCAUGGGUCCGAAGAUCCCAGCCCAGAUCCGGGUCCAGCUCUGGUUCGGGCUCUCUGUUGAUGAGAAGGAGUUCAACCACUUUGCUGAGGGGAAGCUCUCUGUCUUUGCUGAAACUUAUGAGAACCAGACCAAGCUGGCACUGGUGGGGAACUGGGGCACGACUGGCCUGACCUACCCCAAGUACUCAGAUGUCACUGGCAAGAUCAAGCUGCCCAAGGACAGCUUCCGGCCCUCCACGGGCUGGACCUGGGCUGGGGAUUGGUUCAUCUGCCCAGAGAAAACGUUGCUGCACGAUGUGGAUGCUGGGCACCUGAGCUUCGUGGAGGAGGUGUUUGAGAACCAGGUCCGGCUGCCUGGGGGUCAGUGGAUCCACAUGACUGAUGCCUACACUGAUGUGAACGGGGAGAAGGUCCUGCCUAAGGAUGAGAUCGAGUGUCCUCCAGGCUGGAAGUGGGAAGAUGUGGAGUGGGACACAGACCUCAACAGAGCUGUGGAUGAGAAAGGGUGGGAAUAUGGCAUCACCAUCCCUCCGGAGCGCAGGCCCAAGGCGUGGGUGCCAGCAGAGAAGAUGUACCACACCAACCGGAGACGGCGCUGGGUGCGGCUGCGCCGCAGGGACCCGGCACAGCUGGAGGCCAUGAGGAAGCACAAGCAGGAGGAGGUGGAUGGGGAGGGCUGGGAAUACGCCUCGCUCUUCGGCUGGCGCUUCCACCUCUCCCCCCGCCGCACCGAUGCCUUCAGGCGCCGCCGCUGGAGACGCCGCAUGGAGCCCCUGGAGCGCACGGGGCCCGCUGCUGUCUUCGCCUUGGAGGGAGCCCUGGGAGGAGUGACAGAUGACAGGAGUGACGAUGGCAAAUCCAUCUCCACGCUCAGUUUUGGUGUCAACAGACCCACCAUUUCCUGCAUAUUUGACUGUGGGAACAGGUACCACCUCCGCUGCUACCUGUACCAGGCACGGGAUCUGAUGGCCAUGGACAAGGACAGCUUCUCAGAUCCUUAUGCCAUUGUCUCCUUCCUCCACCAAAGCCAGAAGACAGUGGUGGUCAAGAACACCCUGAACCCCACCUGGGACCAAACACUCAUCUUCUACGAGAUAGAGAUCUUUGGGGACCCCCAGAAAGUGUCUGAGUCCCCUCCCAACGUGGUGGUGGAGCUGUAUGACCAGGACACCUACGGGGCAGAUGAGUUCAUGGGGCGCUGCAUCUGCAGACCCAGCCUGGAGCGGUCCCCGCGGCUCUCCUGGCACCCGGUCACCAAGGCCAACAGGAAUGUUGGGGAGCUCCUGGCUGCCUUCGAGCUGAUUCAGAGGGAGAAGCCAGCUGUCCACCACAUCCCUGGAUUUGAGAAUGAUCUCUCCUCCAGCCUGGAUGAGUCUGAGGACUCCGACCUUCCCUACCCCCCCCCACAACGGGAGCCCAACAUCUACAUGGUGCCCCAGGGCAUCAAACCCGUCCUGCAGCGCACGGCCAUCGAGAUCCUGGCCUGGGGGCUGAGGAACCUCAAGAGCUACCAGCUGGCCAGUGUCACCUCUCCCAGCCUGCUGGUGGAGUGUGGGGGGCAAUUCGUGCAGUCCUCUGUCAUCAAGAACGUCAAGAAGAACCCCAACUUUGAUGUCUGUGUGCUCUACAUGGAGGUGCGUCUGCCCAAGGAGAGCCUCUACAGCCCCCCCCUCAUCAUCAAGGUCCUGGACAACAGAGCCUUCGGGAGGAGACCCGUGGUGGGGCAGUGCAGCAUCCGCUGCCUGGAGGAGUUCAGAUGGGACCCCUACAGGGAGGAGAACAAGGGACCCCAGGAGCACCCAGAUGACGUGAGCCUCACACCCAGGGAUGAUGUUCUCAUUGACAUCGAUGACAAAGAGCCCCUUAUUCCUGCCCAGCUUGCAGAGGCUCUGACCAGCUCAGCACUAAUUAACACCCCAGCUGCUCGGGCCCAGCCUCAUAAGAUCCCAUGGGAGGAGGAAUUCAUCGACUGGUGGAGCAAAUUCUACGCGUCCACGGGAGAGAGGGAGAAAUGUGGCUGCUACCUGGAGAGGGGAUUCGACACCCUGCAGGUCUAUGAGACAGAGCUGGAGAAGCUGGAGGACUUUGAGCAUCUCUCAGACUUCUGCCAGACCUUCAGGCUCUACCGGGGCCGCUCGGAGGACUCCAGGGAUGACCCCUCCGUGGUGGGGGAGUUCAAGGGCUCCUUCAGGAUUUACCCCCUCCCAGAUGACCCCCGGGCCCCAGUGCCACCCCGGCAGUUCCAGCAGCUCCCUGACAGAGGACCCCAGGAGUGUCUGCUCAGGGUCUACAUCAUCCGGGCCUUCAACCUCCAGCCCAAGGACCCCAAUGGGAAGUGUGAUCCCUACGUGAAGGUUUCAGUGGGAAAGAAAUCCAUCAGUGACCAGGAGAAUUACCUGCCCUGCACGCUGGAACCUGUCUUUGGAAAGAUGUUUGAGCUGAGCUGCACGCUGCCUCUGGAGAAGGACCUGAAGGUGACACUCUAUGACUACGACCUCCUGUCCAAGGAUGAGAAGAUUGGGGAGACCUCCAUAGACCUGGAGAAUCGCUUCCUCUCCAAAUACGGGGCUCGCUGUGGCCUCCCCCAAACCUACUGCGUCUCUGGACCCAACCAGUGGCGGGACCAACUCCGUCCUUCCCAGCUGCUUCACCUCUUCUCCCUGCAGCACAACUACAAAGCUCCCACCUACAAGUCUGACCGGGUGAUCUUCAGGGAGCAGGAGUACCUCCUGUCUGAGCUGGAGGAUGGAAAACCCCCCAACCCUCACCUGGGCCCCGUGGAGGAGCGUUUGGCCCUGCAGGUGCUGCUGAAACAAGGAUUGGUGCCAGAGCACGUGGAGACCAGAGCUCUCUACAGCCCUCUGCAGCCUGACAUCGAGCAGGGAAAGCUGCAGAUGUGGGUGGAUCUGUUUCCCAAAUCCCUGGGUCAGCCCGGGCCCCCUUUCAACAUCACCCCACGCCGAGCCAAGAGGUUCUUCCUGCGCUGCAUCAUCUGGAACGCCAAGGAUGUGAUCCUGGAUGACCUCAGCAUCACUGGGGAGAAGAUGAGUGACAUCUAUGUCAAGGGCUGGCUGGUUGGGCACGAGGAGAACAGGCAGAAGACAGACGUGCACUACAGGUCCAUGGGAGGAGAGGGCAACUUCAACUGGAGAUUCAUCUUCCCCUUCGACUACCUCCCUGCUGAGCAGGUGUCUUACAUUGCAAAGAAGGAGCACUUCUGGAGCUUGGACAAGACAGAAAACAAGAUCCCACCUCAGCUUAUCCUCCAGAUCUGGGACAAUGACAAGUUCUCUUUUGAUGACUAUUUGGGCUCCAUCCAGAUGGAUCUCAACAGGAUGCCCAAGCCUGCCAAGACUGCUGAGAAGUGCUCCUUGGAGCUGGUUGAUGAGACCUUCUCCUCAAGUCGCUUUGUGUCCCUCUUUGAGCAGAAAACUGUCAAGGGCUGGUGGCCCUGCACUGCUGAGCAGGACCAGAAGAAGAUCCUGGCGGGCAAACUGGAAAUGACUUUGGAAAUUGUGUCAGAGCAAGAGCAGGAAGAACGUCCAGCUGGCAUGGGUCGGGAUGAGCCAAAUAUGAACCCCAAGCUGGAGGACCCCAAGCGCCCAGAAACCUCCUUCCUCUGGUUCACCUCCCCCUACAAGACCCUGAAGUACAUCCUGUGGCGGCGGUACAAGUGGGUGCUCAUCCUCUCCAUCCUGCUCCUCAUCCUCCUCCUCUUCCUCGGGAUCUUCGUCUACGCCUUCCCGAACUAUGCUGCUAUGAAACUGGUGAAACCUUUCAACUGAAGCUGGAGAUCACCUGGAAGGUCCAGUGCCUGCCUGGGAAGGAGCUGCAGCUCUGCAUCACAACAGCAGAUGGAGGAGGAUGAGGAGGAGGAGGAUGAUGAUCACCUUUUCUCAGGCCCUAGGCUGCUGCCAAAAGGAAUCCCAGAGUUGUUUUUGUUGGAAGAGACCUCUAAGAUCAUCAAGUUCAAGAGUUAAGGAGAUACAGCUUACCCUGAUGCACCCUGCAGCAUCCCAGCUCCAGCACUUCCCCUGGGAAGCAGCACGUAAAAAAUACCAAAAAUACCAGUUCUGAAAUAUUGCCACUUUUACUUC